GGGGAUUAUGAACGUGCUGUCGAGUCUUCGGAUAGUGCAGUGGCGAUCACAUCUGUGUUGUAUCCCGACAACCACACUACUUGUGCGCAAGGCAUCGGAUGUACUCAGUCAUCUGUGAUCUCAGCGCUUAGUGUAAUCAUACCAGCGUCUAUCCUGCCGAACGACCCUCAACAGCAUGAAAAUACACGUGUAGCCAUCGCCUAA